GGAGAGAGAGAGAGAGAGAGAGAGAGAGGAGACUGCCUGACUACAUCUCCGAUGCCCGCAGAGAGAACCCUUUCUCAGAACACUCCUGCGCUCGGUCCGGAGGAGAUGGAGCAGCAGCUGGAUCGCGACGCGCCCCUCGCACCCACGACCGAAUCAGAGGAGGGGGCGAGCGGCCGUCAUCUCUGAGGGGACACAGUCCCCGGGGGCGUGCACGCGCUGGACCUGUGGAGGGAACACGUUCUGGUCCUCAUUGGUUGAGGUUUCAUUAAAAAAAGAAGAGAAAAUUAAAAAAGCCCGUCGUUCCUGUGGAUUAUAUACACGAAGCUGCCUCCUGGACCGUGAGGACGGAGUGUGCGUCAAGUGGCGAGCGCGCGCGUAUCCAACAAGUGGACGCGCGAAUACGAACUGUCAGUGGAUUGAUUACCUACAUUUCAUUUUUUCUUCAAUUUUUGAUCGAUCGAUCGAUCGGUUUUACAGUCUAGGCUCCAACUCCGAGGUGGAAGCUCGUCUGGGUCGAAGGUGGAUGCAUCUACGUGCGCAUCGUCUCGGUCUGAAGUAGUUUUCUCUCCCCAGAGACUUGUUUUUAUUGUAAUAAAAGUGCAAUGAGGUAAGGCACUUUUUUUUAAAAAUCCUGCUCUUUAUCCAUUGGCCAGAAGGAAGAUUUGGGCGCACACGCUGCGGAAUCCACCCGUGCGCCACUUCGCCCCUCUCCCCCCCCCCCCAUCCACUGACUUCGCUUCUUCUUCGUGCCCCUCGGUGGUCGUGGGGAAAAGGGGCGGUAGGGGGGGGGGGGGGGGUUGGUGGUUGAGUUUUGGAUCCAACCUCUCUCCGUGUAGACAUUUUCUGCAUGUCGAGGGCGCAGGCGGCAGCCAAAGGUCGCAGCCAUGCCGAUGCAUCCGGUCACCUCCACGCUGAUGUACCGGGGGAUCUGCACCAUCCCCGACAUCCUCUCCUACAGCGCGCCCGUCAACCUGCCCGAAGACGAGGUUGAAGAGAUCCGCGAGGCCUUCAAGGUGUUCGACCGCGACGGGAACGGAUUCAUCUCGAAGCAGGAGCUGGGCAUGGCCAUGCGCUCCCUGGGCUACAUGCCAAACGAGGUGGAGCUGGAGGUCAUCAUCCAGAGACUGGACAUGGACGGCGACGGCCAGGUGGACUUCGAGGAGUUUGUCACCCUUCUGGGCCCCAAGCUGACGGCGGCGGGGCUGCCGGAUAAGUUCCACGGCACCGACUUUGACUCCGUCUUCUGGAAGUGUGACAUGCAGAAGUUGACGGUAGAGGAGCUGAAGCGGCUUCUGUACGACACCUUCUGUGACCACCUGUCCAUGAAGGACAUCGAGAACAUCAUCAUGACCGAGGAGAACCACAUAGAGAACCCCGGGCAGUGUCAGGUGGAUAUAGACAGUUCCAGCCCGACGCAGCAUGUCAAGCAAACGUGUGUGCGCAAGAGCCUGAUAUGCGCCUUCGCCAUCGCUUUCAUCAUCAGCGUCAUGCUCAUCGCGGCCAACCAGGUGCUGCGGAGCGGCAUGAAAUAGGAGCUUGCGGCGUUUUUCAGCCUUGUCCACCACCCAAAAGGCUUCCUGACUGAUCAAUGACUCUAAAAGCGAAAAAAAAUAUUAAAAAUUAAAAAUUAAAUACUACAGACAAUCAUAUGGCUGUGAAACGAGCGAACAUAAUAUAUGACUGCAGAGUAACCGGAGUCACCAAGGGACACUACACGUGCAGGAAAUCGUCCUGGUGACAAGAGACGUGCCAACAGGAGAUCGAGGACCACGGGACGUCACGCACAAGGAGACUACAGUGUGUUAUGUGUUUGUGUCAAAGUGGACGGCCGACUAUACAUAUCACUCUUCGUUUAGUAUCCAUUAGCUGUGAGCAUUUGAGCAGUGUUGCAUUCACUAUGGUGGCAGCUAUAGAGAAGAAGUGUCGUGACUGUCCAGUUGUGUAUUUUGUCAGUGUACCAUGCGGUUUAUUAGAAACGAGUAGAGAGGAAUCUGUGAAAUAUGUUGCGGGAACAUUGGAGAAGACGUACUCCAGGGAGGGUCGGAGGGUGAUCUGUCCGAGGGUCCGGGGUUCACGGCGUUGUGGGGAUAUUGUGUGUGGCGCAGCAUUGUUCAAAAAAAACAAAAAAACAAACAAAAAAACUCCCACUUGGGAAUAAACAAUAGCUUUGGUAAAGAAACGGGGAGGCGCCUGCGGUUGUGUGGAUGGUUCCGUCCAUUCACAGGCUGCGGGGCUUCAGUCCGAGCAGGACGGAGCCGGGCGAAGAAGCAGGUCAACAGCGCCUGGGAGGAAGGUGUUCAGGUAACUGGCUGGACAUGCAGUAAAAACUCAAACUCUCCGUCUCCGCGGCGGCGCGGGGGGGGGGGGGGGCCCUUGCAGGCCUCGGAGGAUGCCCAUCAUCUAUGCAUGAAGUGCAUGGAUUUUAACAGUCGUCUUGACACAUUUGUAAAAGUUCUUAUCAAUGUAUUAAUCACUAUGACUGUGUAACAAGAGACGUUUUUUCCAUUACGUAAAUGACAAACUGUGAGCAGAGUGUUUGCGGUGCAGGGUAUCCGCCAUCACCACAACAGUAAAGCGUACAACUGCAUGUAAAGAAGGGCUGCUUUAGUACAUGCUCGUGGAAUCUAUUUUGGGGACUGCUAACCUUCGGACGAUCUGACUCCACCAUGAUGAUCUAUCUCUCUCUCUCUCUCUCUCUCUUACUGCAAGCGAAGAGCAAACGACUUCAAGAUGUGCGCCACUCAACCAUUUAAAGAAUAUGCAUCAGAACUGGUCUGGCUGGCAUGUGGGGGGAUAUAAAUGUGCAGGAAUCUGUUUUUGUCCUUAAUUUUUUUCUGGGUUGUUGUUUGUUGCUGUAUAGAGCAAUAACUGUGUGUAAAAAAGAUAUCUGACAUCUGUGUUGAGCAGACGGGAUACUCCAAAAAAACGUCCGCACCAAUCGACCUACCAACUGUUAAGGUCAGAAAAUUUCCUAUAGCACUUUUCGAAAAUUAGGGUUUUUGGCAGUACAACAGAGAUAUCGGCCCUGAUGUUCAAACAGCGAGCGAGUCUCCUUUUUCAUUGAGAGAUCACGGAGGAGAGGUGUGUCUGACACUGGACGGGGGCCAAAAUCGUGUAAACUGUUGCAAUAAAAACAUUAAUAUCUGUGAAGCACCACAUGAACAUUGUUUGGAUGUAGUUUAGAUUUGUUGUGCAUGCAUCUGGGUCAGGUUUGUCACCAUUAAUGUGUAUUGUGCUGCAUAUGAGAUGACUUCAACCAAAGGUUUGGGGAAAUCUGCGACAACACAACUGGGUCACAAAACACGAGCGAGCUCAGUAAGAAGAGAUAAAAUGCUAUUUGAAUGAUUUAGAAAUCACGAAUCCCAGAGUUAACUGCAACGUUCUUAUCAGUAGACCCUCAUCUGGAAAGUUAAAAUCUUUCUGGAAACCCGGGGGCGGGGGGGGAGAAAUAAAUUGACAGGGCAAUGUCGUGUUUAAAAAGUUAAAAGAUAAAAACUCUCUUCAAAAUGCCCUCAAAAACUGUGACUGUGAAAAACAGAGAAGCUAAAUAAUUCACAUCUUGUAAAUAUCCGCUUUUACGAUCGCUAUUGGCAGCUCCCCGAAACUUGGACCAUCACAGAGGCAACAGAAUUAGACUACCCUAUCGCCCAGAGCCAGGCCGGAUAAUGAUUAUCUGAUGCACCCGGGCAAUUUGUCAAAAGUGUCAAGUCUGUGGGGAAAAAACUCUCAGAAAAAGCCCAUUUAUUAACUAAUACCUUUGUUUCCAUUUUGCACUUUAAGAUGUGCUUUAACGCACAACACCAACAACCCACCGCCAUGAUUGUUCAUCCAGGUUUAGAUAUAGUUUAGGGCAUAAACAAUUACUUUACCAUAGAUGUAUCUAUUUUUGUGAUAAGAACGCGAUGGCAUAGAACAUUUACUGACUGACUCAAAUGAUACUGUCUCAUCCGUUUUCUAUUUUAACUUCAACGAGGGGACAUUUUCAUUGGAAAUGAAUUAUCAGUAAUAAUUUCAUUUGUUGCCUUAUUCUUUGAGACACUUGUGCAUAGACAUAAAUAAACACUUACCAUGGGUUUAUCCAUUCAUCAUCAGAGCAAAAUAUACAAAAACAAUAUUUAUUUUGUUUUAACAGAUGAAAAAAAGAAGUAUGAACUUGUUGAUAGUCUAAUGAAUGUUAUAUUUCCAUUGAGCUGUGUGAUAUCUGUUCAUUGACUCCACCCGAUGUUCUUCUAUGUCUGUGGAAUGGUGUUUCACAUGAAUAAAAUCAUACGCCAACCA